UUUUUUACUUUCACUUUCUCUUGACCGUAAACUGUGAGUUUCAUUUUUACCAUCGUACAAUAGGGCAGACAUACGAUCUACAAUACUUUUAUUUUGGUUAAAUAAUUGACAGCUAACUUGAGUAAUAGCGGCUGCAGCUGUUUGUUAUUAAAGAUCAGCUCAAAGGUGAAGUCAUGUCAGUUUUACUGCUGAAAAUAAGGCGUACCAACCAAUCAGCAGCCAAGGUAUUGGAAGACGCAGAUGUACGCACUGACCUGGAUAUCCAGUCACUGACUCGAGAAGAACUGACUGAGCUGUUUCCUGGAUCUAAGAACUUCAAACUGAGAAGGAGCAUCUUCAAAAUAAUACACGAACAGAAGCCAACUGAUGAGCUUAUAAGUGAACUGAAAGCUUUCAUCCCACUUGAAUCUUUCAGAGCGGCUCUAACUAGCAAUGGGGUCUUGGCUGAUUACCUCCGAAUCCUGAAGGACAUGAAGACCCAGAUGAAUAAUGUCCAGGGUUUCCUUGAUGCUCACAUUGGUCUUCUGGAAGAAUUAAGCACAGAUCAGCCAGAUCAAGAACCUAACAAAGGCUCAUUUCCAAGCACAAGUACCUCACCCAUCACUCAAACUGGUGGCUGUUCAUAUGGACCACAAGACUCUACGGGAACCUCAGCCGCUGGUGGUUUGUACUCUUCCCCAACUCUUGGCCUUCCACCAACACCUCCUGCCACAGUGACCUACCGGACAGUUGUCAGUGGUAGAACCUUGGGUGCCCAUGCACAGCUGAUGGAGAAAGUGUUGGAGGAUCAAGUUUGCGAUCAGGUUCAGUUUGUUAACAACAGUUUGGAUCACCAGAUCAACAUCGUCUUCUGCCCAAUCAGCUCACGCAUUGGGGCGGAUGUUGAUGCAGCCAUGAGUGAUGUCAAAGAUGAUAAACCUGUCAUUCUGGUGGUGAUGAACUACUCACGUGAGCCCAAGUACAUAUCACCUGUGAGAACAUGGUCUCAUGACCCUAAGGUUGUGUUGUGUGUUAAUGCUUUCUACCAUGAGACAAGGAAUGGAUUGCUCAUAUGUCAAGAAAAUAAUGUGGCUGUCUCUGAUAUACGAAAGAAAUUACUGGAAUACAAAACUCCAACACAUGAAGAUAAUGUAAUGCUCGGAAAUGCCCAGGGUGUGGUCACUGAAAGUGGCAGGACUGGUAAUACUCCUGUUAGACAUGGCAGCAAGAACAAGGCUUCUGAAAGUGGGAGCAGUCUUUACAAGUAUGUUUUUGGGCAUAAGUAGAGUUGGCAGUGUUGGGGUUGGUCAUGAUGGUAUUAUUUCAGCUUGCAUUACAAGUAAAACAAUAUGUAAUAGAUCACAUCAACAGCAAAUAAAGCAGCAAAACUGAUCAGUUUACACUAUUUACUGUUUGCAGAAAACAUUUUAUUCUGGUUGGUAAAUUUAAAUCAGCUGCUGAAAGUGGUCUUCAUGUUAAUGAUGGGCACACAUAGCUUAUUACCACAUUCUGCACACUUGACCAACUAUUGAAUUUCUAAAGCUAUAUCAUAUAACUUGUGUUUUCUGUUCAAAACCUCUUAAAUAUCAGUCAGACUUUAUAGAUAACAGGAAAAAAAUUUAAUUGAGCAUUUGAAUGUUGGUUUAAAGUGAGUUCAAAUGUAACCACCUUAUAAUAAAAUUCCUUUAAUCAAA